GAGGCUUGAAAGGAGCUUUAAAUUCCCUCCGUCCAGGCAGCUCGCCCUUUACGGCUGGAGUCGGGCUUCGCGUGACGGAUGGCUGUGGACGUGAAGUCGCGAGCAAAGCGCUAUGAAAAACUGGACUUCCUCGGGGAGGGACAGUUUGCCACGGUGUACAAGGCCAGAGACAAGAACACCAACCAAAUUGUCGCCAUUAAAAAGAUCAAACUUGGACAUAGAUCAGAAGCUAAAGAUGGUAUAAAUAGAACAGCCUUAAGAGAAAUAAAAUUAUUACAGGAGCUAAGUCAUCCAAAUAUAAUUGGUCUCCUUGAUGCUUUUGGACAUAAAUCUAAUAUUAGCCUUGUCUUUGAUUUUAUGGAAACUGAUCUAGAGGUUAUAAUAAAAGAUAAUAGUCUUGUCCUAACACCAUCGCACAUCAAAGCCUACAUGUUGAUGACUCUUCAAGGGUUAGAAUAUUUACAUCAACAUUGGAUUCUACAUAGGGAUCUGAAACCAAACAACUUGUUGCUAGAUGAAAACGGAGUUCUAAAGCUGGCAGAUUUUGGCCUGGCCAAAUCAUUUGGGAGCCCCAAUAGAGCUUAUACACAUCAGGUUGUAACCAGGUGGUAUCGGGCCCCUGAGUUACUAUUUGGUGCUAGAAUGUAUGGUGUAGGUGUGGACAUGUGGGCUGUUGGCUGUAUAUUAGCAGAGUUGCUUCUAAGGGUUCCAUUUUUGCCCGGAGAUUCAGACCUUGAUCAACUAACAAGAAUAUUUGAAACAUUGGGCACACCAACUGAGGAACAGUGGCCUGACAUGUGUAGUCUUCCAGAUUUCGUGACAUUUAAGAGUUUCCCUGGAAUCCCAUUACAACACAUCUUCAUUGCAGCAGGAGACGACUUGCUAGCUCUCAUACAAGGCUUAUUCUUAUUUAAUCCGUGUACUCGAAUUACAGCCACACAGGCAUUGAAAACUAAGUAUUUCAGUAAUCGGCCAGGGCCAACACCUGGAUGUCAACUGCCUAGACCAAACUGUCCAGUGGAAACUUUAAAGGAGCAGGCUAAUCCAUCUCUGGCAACGAAACGGAAGAGAACCGAAACCUUGGAACAAGGAGGAUUACCCAAGAAGCUAAUAUUUUAGUUACAGAUAACACUGGACAGUAUUUCACUGCUGAAGGAAAUAGUAAAAAAGGCAAAUAAAAAAAAAUAGUAAACAUUAAGUAAAUGCUGAAGAAGGAAUUGUAAAUAUUCUACACUUGUAAAAUAUGUAAAAAUUAUUUUUAUUAAAUGUAUUUUAAAACAAA